AUGGGAGCUUUUUAUAGCAGGCCUGAGAUAAGAGGUCCAAAUCCACAUACACGAUCUGGCGAGCCUCCCCCUAAGCUUAAUGUUUUAAAAGAAAAGGACCGGCCAGCUCAUCGAGUUUAUGAUCCGAUGAGUCUUGAAUUACAUAUGGGAGAUGAGCGAGUUCGUACGGCAGGAUUAACACCAGCAGAACGAGAUUGGCGCCAAAAAUUUUUGAAAACCGAGCAAUUGCAUCCUGACGAGCCAAUUCAUGUGGACGCCGUGCACCGACAAAUGAAUCCUGUUCGAGUUAUUUAUCGAAUGCCUUGGGAUUACCUCUACAAGCAUUUCCUUCGUCCAACUUUUGGAGCAUACCGAGCUACAAUUAUUCGUGCUUAUGUGCCAAGAGUUAUGAUUUUAUGGACUGUUGCUCUCUGUGGGCAUUAUUAUUGGAAAUACGAAUUGAAGGUAGAUAUACUCGAUUAUUUAUUUCUACAUUCAGACGUGGGAACGAGCUCUUGGUGUUGCACCUUUCUACAUGUUGCAAGAUUAUGA